AGGGAGAGAAAAAAAUAAGAAGGAGAAGAAAAUGAGGAGAAAGAAAUUUGUAGAGAGAAAGAAAAAAAGAAAAAAAGAUUGAAAGAUAAAAAAAAAGAAAAAAUUCUAAAAUUUAAAAUUUGAAGUUGGAGAACAUUUAAAAAAUUUAAUAUUUUUAAAAAAUUACACUUAAUUAUAAUUUAAUUGAAAGUUUGACCGAUCAUAGUUGUCAUCAUUUUUUAUUUAAAUAUUUUUUUUCACCUCCGACCUAAUUUUCUCAACUAACACGAGAUCCCAACCAUCACCCUGUAGCCAUUUUCUCUCAUACGAUUCAAAUUCUCGUAGAGAAACGAUCUCAAAAGUUUCUUCUUUUUAUUUUUGAGAAUAAAUCAGCAGAAAAUAAGGAUGGAAAGUGGGGGAUUUAGUGCAGAAGAUCUAUCUAAGAUCGGAGGAAUCGCAACGGUAUCACUGCUGCAUUCAUUCAUCCCAACACAUUGGUUGCCAUUUUCAAUAGUGGGUCGUGCUCAGAAAUGGACUCUUUCACGUACCCUUUUCGUCACUGCAUUUGGAGCAGUAUUGCAUGUAUUAUCCACCUCGCUUCUGGGCAUUACGGCAAUAACAAUUACAAACACAAUUGCUGGGGAGGAAACAGUGCACAAACUGGCUUCCCUACUGCUCGUAUUUCUUGGUGGUAGUUAUGUCAUCUUGCAUCUCUCUGGAAAGGGUGGUCACAGCCAUUCACACAAUCAACCCAUGGAGAAAAUGGCUGUAGCAGGGCUUAUCCUUGUUCCUGCAUUGUCUCCUUGUGCGACCACUCUGCCUGUGUUUCUUGCUGUUGGAAAUUCGUCGUCCAUGAUGGUGCUUGCCAUCAUAGUUUUGCUAUUCAGCACUAUUACUGUAAUGACAUCACUGGUGGCUCUAUCAUUUUAUGGUGCUAGUCAACUUAAAUUUCACUGGGUGGAGCGGUAUGAUAAGCUCCUCGUAGGUUCUGUCCUGUGUUUGGUGGGCAUUUUGACCCUUAUUUUUCAUGAUCACGAUGGAAAAGUAGGUUCUGCAGGAGUCCACGUGCACAGAAAACUAAGUGUGCUCUAGGUGUUAUUCUUCAGCUAGUGAAUCUGUUAUCUGAAGUAACUCAGGAACUUCCUUUUGUUGGUCAUUAUGCAAUAGUGAGUGUUCAAAUUCCUCGUCACACCAGAAAUUAUUCAGCAACCCCCCUAGGUUCCAGAUGCUCGUGCAACUUUCCUGCAUGAACAUUUGCCAUUUUCCAGUUGACUAGUUUCCUCUUGCAACCGGCUCAUGAUGUUCUGGCAUGGGAUCUAGGGCAGUUUAUUUUAAUUUCGAAUUAUGUUAAAAUUUACUUUGGCAUAGCAGCUUCAAUAGGAUGUGUAUUUUAAAGGAUUUUCCUUUGAAACCCUUUCUCUGUAAAUGUAAGUGUACAAUACUCGUCGAGGGAAUACACCGUUUUCUUGUUAUA